AUAAAAAGAGGGCGCUCACGCUGACCUUCACUCCACGGUUGUUUUUUUUUUGAACUAGAGACGUAGUGAAAGGUUGACUGUAAUGCCCGAGCCGGCCAAGUCCGCCCCCGCGCCCAAGAAGGGCUCUAAAAAAGCCGUCACCAAGACGCAGAAGAAGGGCGACAAGAAACGGCGCAAGAGCCGCAAGGAGAGCUACUCGAUCUACGUGUACAAGGUGCUGAAGCAGGUGCACCCCGACACGGGCAUCUCGUCCAAGGCCAUGGGCAUCAUGAACUCCUUCGUCAACGACAUCUUCGAGCGCAUCGCCGGCGAGGCCUCGCGCCUGGCGCACUACAACAAGCGCUCCACCAUCACCUCGCGGGAGAUCCAGACGGCCGUGCGGCUCCUGCUGCCCGGCGAGCUGGCCAAGCACGCCGUCUCGGAGGGCACCAAGGCCGUCACCAAGUACACCAGCUCCAAGUAGAGCGUCUCCCGGAUCCUCAGUUCUAACCCAAAGGCUCUUUUAAGAGCC